AUGUCUCUGACGAACGAGCACAUCUGGGCUCCCAGCCCCUCCACCACACGCGGCCAACCCACCCAGCUUUCCUGCGACGCAAAAGGCGAAAGAUUGGCUUAUGCGUCCAACAAAUCUAUAUUCAUCCGCUCCAUUGACGACCCCGCAGUUGCGCGGCAAUACACAGAACACAAGGCCCAGGCCACCGUCGCGCGUUUCUCACCCUCGGGCUUCUACGUGGCCAGCGGAGAUGCUGCAGGUACCGUGAAGGUCUGGGACUGCGUUGGAGAAGGCAUCACAAAGGGGGAUUACUCGAUUGUCAAUGGCCGGAUUAACGACAUUGCAUGGGACGGCGACUCUCAGCGCAUCAUCGCUGUUGGAGAUGGCAAACAGAGAUACGGACACUGUUUCACCUGGGACAGCGGUAACAGUGUUGGUGAGAUAUAUGGUCACACGCAACCUAUCAACUCGGUUUCCAUCAGACAGCAGCGUCCUCUAAGAGCGGCCGCGGCCGGUGACGACAAGACGUUGGUGUUCUACCAUGGCGCGCCGUUCAAAUUCAACACGGGGAUCAGAGAUAAACACACUAAUUAUAUAUACGGUGUCUCUUUUAGCCCUGAUGGCUCACAACUGGUGAGCGUUGGAGGUGACCGUCGCAUAUGGCUAUAUGACGGUAAAACCGGCGAGUCGAAAGCCCAAAUUGGAGAAGGGGAGCACAAGGGCAGUAUUUUUGGAGUCUCGUGGUCCAAGGACUCACGGAAGCUGGUGACGGCGAGCGCAGACAGGACCGUGAAGCUCUGGGAUGUCGAGGCAGGGAAGGUAGCUCAGACUUGGAGCUUCGGCAACGAAGGCGCCGUCAAUCCCCUUGAUCAGCAAGUUGGUGUAGUCUGGCCAUCGGGACGAAGUGACGGUCUCGUUAUAAGCUUGUCUCUGAGCGGUGACCUGAACUAUCUUGUAGAGGGCACCCCGCAACCCAGACAGGUUCUGAAAGCUCACCAGAAGAACAUCACAUCAUUGACACGAUUCGCUUCCGCGGACGGCAAAGAAACUCUCUGGUCUGGAAGCUUUGAGGGUCGAGUACGUAGCUGGGAUGUGGCAACUGGAACGGCCGACACGGUCGAUGGGGACAAUCACACCAACUAUAUUGCCGGAUUAACAGCCACGCAAGAAGGCAAAGGCAGAAUCUACAGUGUCGGCUGGGACGACACUUUAAGGUCUAUAGACGUUGCGGCCAAGACGUAUACCGGCAGCCUGUCCAAGUUAUCGGCUCAGCCCAAGGGCGUUGCAGCCGCCGGGAACACGGUUCUUGUUGCACAAUCGGAUGCUAUCGAUAUCUACCAGGAUGGCAACAAGUCCGGCACAUUCAAGGCACCGGCUGAUGUGACUGCCGUAGCGGCGCAUGAAAUCACGGCUGCAUUUGCAGCGGAAGAUUUGAUUGUUCGUAUUGGAACAGUCACGCCGUCGGCAUUCACAUCACAGGUUGAAUUCAAAGCGUCGCGUAACCCGAUCUCGACCUUGGCUUUCUCCCCGGACGGAACCCUGCUGGCUGUUGGCGACUCGAGGGGCAGAAUCCUUGUAUUCAGGUCGAAAGAUGGCAGUCUAGUCACUGACCGCUGGACUGCUCAUACUUCUCGCAUCACGUCGAUUGCAUGGAACAGCAAGGGAACACAUGUUGCCAGUGGAUCCCUGGAUACGCAUAUCUUUGUCUGGAGCUUGGAAAAACCGGGCGACUGGAUCCAAGGUAACAAUGCGCACAAGGAGGGCGUGACUGGCGUUGCUUGGAUUGCAGACGAAACCAAGAUUGCCUCAGCAGGAACUGAUGCAGCGAUCAAGUUGCGAGAGGCGGCAUUCAUUCUCCCGCAUACGGGCCAGCGACUGAAGGGGCUGGUGAAUCUGGGAAGUCGCGAUGCUGCUCGAGAUGGCAGCGGCGAGGAACAACGUCCGCUGCUCGCCAGCAGCGACUCAACCACAGAAUCGUCGCAUCGAUCAUACGAAAUGGCAACACUCGCUGAGAAACUGAUAGAGUGGUGGGACAAGGUGCGCGCCUUUGCGGUCUCGGAACACGGCAAGGGCGUCUUCAAAUUUGGUCUCGCGUACCUGCUGGGUUCUUUGGCGACGUUUAUUCCUGCCAUCUCUGCCUUCCUGGGCCACCAGGAUGGGAAGCAUUUGGUCGCCACGGUCACGGUCUAUUUCCACCCGGCUCGGUCUAGAGGAAGCAUGUUCAAGGCCUUGAUAUGCGCUUGUCUCGCGUUCCUGUACACGACCUUCCUGUCGGUCACCAGCAUGUGCGUCUCGAUGUUUUUUGAGAACCUCGACCUUCUCGUCGUUGGCCAUAUCAUAGUCUUGACUAUCUUUUGUGGCGGAGGUUUUGCCUUUAUCGGAUGGACAAAGCAGAGGCUCAACGACCCUCUGGUCAAUGUUGCAUGCUCUCUGGCCUCGCUCUCUACAACUACUAUUCUUACAAAAGAAGGUGCCGUGCAAAAGGGGGACUUGUCAUUCGCCAAGAUUUCGCAGACGCUCAAGAUGCUGGUCAUGGGGGUUUGCGCCGCCAUGGCAGUGUCCUUCCUGAUCUUUCCCAUAUCCGCGAGGAAGAAGCUCCGAUUCAGCUUGACGACUAUGACGAGCACUCUGGCAAUCAUGCUUGGUAGCGUGACUGAAAGCUUUCUCACUGGAUCCGAUGAAGAGAUGUACACUCCUCCGUUCACUAAUGCGUCGGCACAGAACAAAAAUACCUAUGUUCUGCUGGACAAACUAGUCAAAGAAGCCAAGCUAGAGCACUAUGUUGCUGGUACAGAAAGUGAAUAUCGCUUGGAGAAACGGCUUGUACGAUGUGUUCAAGAUAUCAAUCAGAAUAUGGGCGGGUUGCAGAGUGCAGCGGCCCUGCAGUUCCAGCUCCUGAAGCAAUCUCAACAGGAGCCUGCCAAUUUGGCACCCGACAAAAGCCCACUACUUGCACGGAAGAGUAGCACAGCCAGUCAACCCGGGGUGUGGUCUAUUUAUGGAGAGUCUGUCACUCUUACUCCAGUAAGAGAACGAGAAGAGGACGAUUUCUUGACAGAGGAGUCGCAGACCACCCCUGUUUCUGCUUUGAAUGGGGACCAACAGGAACGGGCCAUGACCGCCACGCCGUCACCGCAGCGGAUGUUUGAGGUUUUCAUUGAACAUUUGGGGCCAUCUAUGCAAUCAUUUGCCUUCACUCUCAAAGAGAUUCUUGAGGAAAUCCCUUUCGGUCCUGGCCCCGAGCACAACGUAUCGUUCAACACCAAGUUCUAUGGCAGCCUUGAUCGUGCUCUGCAGCUAUACCGAGAAGCUAGAGAAGAGGCCUUGGCCCUUGUCUACCGAGAAAGAGAUUUUGCCAAGAUUCAAUCCCCUGACGUUGAAGCUGAUCUUGAGGAAGUCUCUGCUAGCUGUGGUCAUUUCAGUUUUACCCUAAUGGAAUUUGGAGAGCAAUUGAAAGAUCUGCUUCAAAUUUUGGAUGAGCUGAAACUCGAAUGUGAAGAACGCCCACGGGGGCGAACAUGGAACUGGCUGAAGUUCUGGCGGUGGUUCGGAGAGCAAGAACCAGAUACUGCUACUAAUGAUUACCCGAAUCUACCCCUUACAAACUCGGGACGUCCUCACCUUCGCAAAGGACAUUCAUCUCUGGAAAGCGGGUACACUGCUGAGAUCCGUUCUCAGAAUAGAGUCACAUACCGAGUGUGGAAGUCUCUGGGUUUUCUGCGGCGGGACGAGACAAAGUAUGCUAUCAAAGUCGGCGUUGGUGCUGCACUGUACGCACUCCCCUCGUUCAAUUCUGUGACACGCCCUCUAUUCACGUCUUGGAGGGGUGAAUGGGGGCUUGUUUCUUACAUGUUGGUCUGCUCUAUGACGAUUGGAGCGUCUAACACAACUGGAUAUGCUCGAUUUCUCGGCACGUGUUUGGGAGCUUGUUGCUCAAUAGCUGCCUGGUAUGCGUCAGGUGGAAAUGUUGUUGCUCUCGCCUUCAUGGGCUGGCUCAUGGCAACAUGGACUUCUUAUAUAACGUUGGUGAAGGGACAAGGCCCCAUGGGUCGGUUCAUCAUGCUUACAUACAAUCUGUCGGUUCUAUACGCUUACUCAUUAUCUGCGAACGACAAUGAUAACGACGAAGAUGAAGGUGGUACCCAUCCGAUCAUCACGGAGAUUGCACUCCACCGUGUGGUCGCAGUACUGAGCGGCUGCGUCUGGGGAAUCAUCGUUACAAGGAUGAUAUGGCCAAUCAGUGCAAGAUCGAAGUUGAAGGAUGGACUGAGUCUCCUGUGGCUACAGAUGAGUCUGAUUUGGAAACGUGAUCCAUUGUCAAUGAUGGUAAAUGACAAGCCUGUCACCCCGUAUCUCACCGUUCGCGAAAAACUGCAAAUCGAACGGUUUCUGUCCAAUUUGGAGACACUGCAUGCCGCAGCCAAGUCGGAAUUCGAGCUGCAAGGUCCUUUUCCUGAACUCGCAUAUCGAAAUAUUAUUAACCGUACCCGAGGCAUGCUAAAUGCCUUUUAUUCUAUGAACAUGGAGAUAUUGAAGAACCUCACUGCUUCAGAAGGUGAACUGAGUUUGCUGCAGUACACAACCCAAGAGCGUGUGCAACUAUCAUCUCGCAUCAGUCACUUGUUGUCAGUUCUUGCAUCUUCGAUGAAACUCGAAUAUCCCUUGAAUGAUGCUCUGCCAAAUAUACAACAUGCGCGCGACAGACUUUUGGCUCGCAUCUUUCACUACCGCCUGGAAAGCGAGGUGUCGCUGCACACCACCGAUAGCGACUAUGCGCUGCUCUACGCAUACGUGCUGGUUACGGGACAGUUGGGAAGCGAAAUAAGUGCGCUUGUUGCAGAGAUCAGUCGACUCUUUGGUGUCUUAAACGAGGAUGUCAUCGAGCUCCAGUAG